UUGCAGUGGAAAUCGUUUCGCUGACUGUGACCUGUGGCAAGCAAUAGAAACAAUUAUUAUAAUUCCAUAUAUUGGCCACACACAUACCAGAAAAAGACGGUCACUUAUGAAGUGUUCACUCAAGCAUUAAGAUCCGCACAUGUCCCAGCUGGAUUCCACUUUCAACACGCGCAAGACUUUCACUUUUUGUGUAAAGAGACGAUAAAAAAAAAUAAAAUAAAACAACAACAAUUACCAAAACGACACAACGAUUCCCGAAGAGAGCAGCGCACAUAUGUAGGAAGAAAAUGAAAAGCCGAACGGACAGACAUAGAUAUUGUUUGUUAAAAAUAGUACAUAAUUGCUUAUAAACAAAUUGGCAUCUACUCAGACAAAUGCAACAGACCAGCGAUAACAACAAUAACAAAACCAGCGAAUGGCUCUUUGACUGAGUGAUUGGGCGUGUGUGCGUCUGUAUGUGUGUGGUUGAGCAAAGGGAAAAUAAAUUAACCAAAAAACAACAAAAAAAAUAGAAGAAAAAAAUACAACUGUCUACUGUCCAUUUGUCGCAGUGUCCGUGUCUGUGUAUGUGUGCGUACGUGGAGCAUAAAUUUGGGUCAAUUUGAAAUUGUAAGUGAAAACGAAAACGGCGCUGCAAUUGCGCGCUAAAAGAUCAAACCAGCAAAAUGGACAACAGAACACAAACGACACAACAACAACAACAGCAGCAACAACAACAGACGUCUCGCAGUUCACCUCAAAUUGUUAAUCUAGGCGGACCAAAUGCCACCAGCUCCACAGAGGCCAAUGCUCCCCCAACAACUGAUAGCAGCAGUGCCGUCAGCGCCAGCGGCAGCGGUAGCAGCAGCAGUAACAGCAACAGUAAACGAAACAGCGGAAAGAACAAGAACAACAAUGGCCAUCAACGGAGCCAUAGCAUAACGAAUGCAGCGGCCACAUCCUUUGUCAAUAUGUUCGAUGUUUUCACCGCACGUGUCUCGACAGCGGGAAGCAUUGCCAUCAAUAGCAGCAGCAUUAGCAACGCCAUGGAACGCAGUUACAGCGCUGCCAGCACGCCCAGCUCAACUCAUUCGGGGAUUGGUGGCAUCGGUGCCGGAUCGAUAGCUAGUCUGACGAGCAUGGGCUCGCUGGGUACGACAGCUAAUGCAUUUUACUCCUCAAUUGGCAGUGCGCUCAAUUCGAUAACGUCACCGAUUACGGCCGCUGCAGCGGCGGCAACGGCAACCACCACGGAGGCAGUGGUGGCUGCUGCAUCGGCGAUAACGAAUCAUUUGAGUUCACCCACCAGCGGCACACCGCCCCAUGGUCUGGGUCUGAACGAUGAGGACUGCGACGACAACGACGAGGAGGAUGAGGAUGAUGCUGUUGAUAACGAUGGGCAUAUUGCAGCGCCCACGCCCAGCAAAUCGUGGUCGGAGAUCAAAGGUUUCGUCCAGGAGAUACGCAAAGACUUGUCCAAUCUGUCGACCAUGGUGCCAACGAAUGUGCAAUUCCGACAUCUCUCCGAUGGCCGGGCACGUUGCUAUUUUCUCAGCACACCACCGCAGACCUGGGAGCCAACGCUGCUCUUUACGGACAUCAAUCUGCGACAGCAUGACGAUCAACAGCUGCGACUGCAAAAGAUUGGCGGUGUCGGCGGCGGUGGUGGUGGUGGCAUCGACCUUGAAUCCGCCAAUGUCGGCAGUCCCAAUAGCGGCGGUGGCGCCUCAUCGCCAACAAUUAACCUGCCCACAUUUCAUUUUGGUGUCCAACCCAAGUCCAGGCUUGCGUGGCAACCACUGCUGCAACAACCCAUACCCAGCAGUCAUGUGGGCAGCGGCGUCGGCGGCAGCAGCGGUAGCGCAUGUCCUUAUGCCCGAGAGUUUCAGUUGCUGCAGGAGAGAAAGCGUCUGCCCACAUGGGGCAUUACAUCCUAUGAGCUGCACAAACCCAGCGGCAAGCUGGUAUUCCCCUGCUUCAACGAUCUGUAUCAGUGUCUGGACACGGGUUACAAUUCUGGUCUGCUGUUUCCCACGCAGCUGCGCACAUGCCCGGAGUGGAGCGCACUGGAUCCGCAAAUCUGUCCACAGAACUCGGAUCUGAUAGCGUACAUCAGUGACUGUGAUAUCUGGGUAACGCACACGCUCAGCGGCAAUGAGAAACGAUUAACGUAUACGCGGAGCGGUCGUCGCACCUAUGCGGAUGAUGCACUCAGCGCCGGUGUGCCAUCGUAUGUGAUGCAGGAGGAGUUCAGUCGGUAUCAGGGCUAUUGGUGGCAGCCUCAUUCCGAUGACGGCAUCUUUCGCAUUGUCUACGAGGAGGUGGACGAAACGGAUGUCUCCCUCUACACGUUCCCCUCAUCGACGGCUGUGCCGGGGGAGGUGGAUGAGUAUCGUUUCCCACGCAGUGGCACACCCAAUGCCAAAUCCAAGCUGAAGCUGGUACAAUUUGUGCUCAACGAAGCCCUGCAAAUAAGCGAGGUUAGCAUCAAGGACUUACCAUACUCCAUGCUAGCAGUAUUUCCCUGGUUGGAGUACAUAGUGCGCGUGGGCUGGACCCCCGAUGCCAAGUACGUUUGGCUGCAGGGUCUGGAUCGCAAGCAACAGCGUUUGGAUGUUAUGCUCAUACCGCUGGACAACUUUUGCGAGUCGUAUAGCAGUCAAGUGUCAACGCCAACGGAUUCGAUUGGGGAUCACAGUUGGCGGAGUCCAUACAAUCGCACAAUAUCGCCGCUGCAAGUCAUCUAUACGGAGCAAUCGGAAAGUUGGAUAAAUGUUCAUGAUAUGCUAUACUUUUUGGAGAUGAGCGAUAUGAACGACAUGAGCGUCACCUAUGUCUGGGCCUCCGAGGAGACGGGCUUCAGGCAUUUGUAUCUAGUGACGUCCAGUUUGCUCUUGAACCAUGUCAAUGGCUGUCAAACGGACGCAACUGCAGCAGCUGCCGCUGUCCAACAACAUCCCAGCUUUGUGGAAGCGGCCGCGCUGCAGCCGCGCAUUGUCAAUAAAGUGGCGCUGACAAGUGGCGAAUGGGAGGUGCUAGCCCGCAAUCUCUGGGUGGAUAAAGCCAAUCAGUUGGUAUACUUUGUCGGACUGCGCGAUACGCCAUUGGAGAAGCAUCUGUAUGUGGUUAGUCUGCGGCGACCAGAGCACAUACGCUUGCUAACUGAACCCGGGUAUUCCUAUCUGGUGGAGUUCGAUGAUCAAUGUCAACUGAUGCUGCUCGUCUAUUGCAAUAUCCAACGCUUGCCCAGCUGUAAGGUGAUGCGUGUGGCACAAACAUGCCAGAAUGGCGGCGUCAAUGGCAUACAGAUCUCGCUGGUUGGUUUUCUGCACGAGGGUGGCAAACCGGAGCCGCAAUACUGUCCGCAAAUCUUUCGACCUCAGUUGCCGUCUGGCGAUAUAGUCUACGCCAUGGUAUUUAAACCGCACAAUUUUCAACUGGGCGUCAAGUAUCCAACGGUGCUGAAUGUAUACGGCGGUCCCGAGGUGCAAACUGUGAAUAAUACUUUUAAGGGCAAACAUCAGCUACGAAUGCACAUGCUAGCGGCUCAGGGCUAUUGUGUGAUCUGUAUUGAUUCGCGUGGCUCCCGGCAUCGAGGCAUACGCUUCGAGAGUCACAUACGCGGUCGCAUGGGUCAAGUGGAGCUCACUGAUCAGGUGGAUUCGCUACGCAUUCUGUCCGAUCAGCUGGGCUACAUUGACAUGGAGCGUGUAGCCAUACAUGGCUGGUCCUAUGGUGGCUAUUUGAGCUUGAUGGGUUUGGUGCAGUAUCCGGAAAUAUUUAAAGUGGCCAUUGCUGGUGCCCCGGUCACUAAUUGGGAGUUUUAUGACACUGGCUACACGGAACGUUACAUGGAUCUGCCGCAGUUUAAUGAGGCUGGCUACACGGCUGGUUCGGUGCUCAACUAUGUGCAUGCGUUUCCUGAAGAGGAUAAUCGAUUACUGCUCAUCCAUGGUCUCAUCGAUGAGAAUGUGCACUUUUAUCACACCUCACGACUGAUCAGCGCUUUGAAUAAGGCGAAUAAACCAUAUGCGCUGCAUCUGUUCCCGGAGGAGCGUCAUUCGUUGCGCAAUUUAGAAUCGAAUAAGAACUACGAAACGAAAUUAUUAUCAUUCUUGCAAAAUUUAUGAGAUUCGUAAACAGUUCACACGCAAAUUAAUCUAAUUACAUACUAUAUUGUAAGUGUUGUUUUUUUAAAGUCGGAAUCCAUUUAAAUAUCAAUCUAAAUAUACAAAAACAUGUCUGCAAUAUUUCAACGUACUUGACGCUAAGGAACAACAAGUUUUGCCCUGCCUCUGUUAAAUGCUGCUCUACUCACUGUAAUUAUUUUUAAUAAUCUAUAUCUACAUUUACUUUUAUUUUUUAUUACA